GACAUGUGCUUUUGACGUCUCCAUCUCCAAAUUGAUAAAAUAUUUCAGCACAAAUCAAAUUAUUAAUUUUACUUUUGAUGUUUUGGCAAUGAGGAUGAUAAAUAAAAAUAGAAUCCGACGCUAAAGUUACGUGUGAUCAAUAUAAAGGAUUGCAUUCAUUGAAAAUUGUAUUAAUAACAUUGGUCAAUAAUGACAUAACACUUCUACAUAUUUUGUAAAAAUAUAAUUUUAUGACUGUGACUGCCAAAGAAUACUUUAGUGUAACACAUAUGUGAUGGGUUUGUCUAAGUUAAUUGGCAAAACAGUAGGAUUCGCAGGUUAUGUGUUACAAUAUGCCUGUUUCACACAUUGCACUUUUGAAUAUGUUGGAGAUUUUGUAAUGUGCUCUGGACCUUCAAUGGAACCUACAUUGGAAUCAAACAAUAUACUAUUCACGGAACAUAUAACGCCAAGAAUGCAAAGACUGCGUCGUGGCGAUAUUGUUAUAGCCAAGAGUCCCACAAAUCCUCACCAAAAUAUAUGUAAAAGAAUAACAGGUUUGCCGGGAGACAAAGUAAGGGGUCAUUUUCCUAGACGGGCUGAAUAUGUGCCUCGGGGGCAUGUGUGGUUAGAAGGAGACAAUUCUGGCAACUCAUCUGACUCUCGUGUCUAUGGACCUGUUCCACAAGGCCUUAUACGAAGCAGAGUAGUCUGCCGAGUAUGGCCGUUAGACAAAAUUAGUACUUUGACUGAAUAUUAGUGAUCUGUGACCAUUUUGUGGACAGUUUAUGUCAUGAUAUAUUGUACAUAUAGAAAUAAAAGACAUAUUAAGGUU